AUGUUCGCCGCCAAGAGUAUCGCACGCAGAGGAUUGCAAUUGCAGCCAGCAACUUUGUUGGCCAAGAGAACCAAGGUCACGUUGCCAGACUUGGACUGGGACUUCGGUGCCUUGGAACCACACAUUUCCGGCCAAAUCAACGAGCUACAUUACACCAAGCACCACCAAACGUACGUUAACGGUUUCAACGCCGCCACAGAACAAUUCGAGGAGUUGAAGACAAAGUUGGACUCGGACCCUACUGUCGCAAAGCAAUUGAUUGCUUUGCAACAGAACAUCAAGUUCCACGGUGGUGGGUACACCAACCACUGCUUGUUCUGGAAGAACUUGGCUCCAACUUCCCAAGGCGGUGGUGAACCUCCAACCGGUGCGCUAGCCAAGCAAAUUGAAACCCAAUUCGGCUCUCUGGACAACUUGAUCGCUUUGACCAACUCCAAGUUGGCCGGAAUUCAGGGUUCAGGCUGGGCAUUCCUUGUCAAGAACAUGGAAAACGGUGGUCAAUUGGAAGUCGUGCAAACCUACAACCAAGACACCGUCACCGGCCCAUUGAAGCCAUUGCUCGCCAUCGACGCCUGGGAACACGCCUACUACUUACAAUACCAAAACAAGAAGGUUGACUACUUCAAGGCUAUCUGGAACGUCAUCAACUGGAAGGAAGCUGCCAAGAGAUUCGAUGCAGCAGCAUAA